UGGCAGAUGUGGCUUUGUGACGCAAAAUAAUGUUUACCAGCAAAGGGGUGAAGUUACCAUCUUCUAUAGACAAUAUUGAAUUAAGUUAUUUCUUUAUUUUCACUAAAUCUAAUCAAAUUAUCGGACGUUUGGUAGGUGCCAAAUUGUAACUCCUAACCCUACAUUGUCGAGUGAAUUAUUGUGGCUUCCGUUUUACAAAUAACUUUAGCUAGCUAGCUUUUACAACUGGACAAAAGAAAGACCAACGGCAACUGGUUGUCGCUGGGCCUUGUUGUGUAGCCUUUGUUUCAACGGAGGAAAAUUCUACAUUUUGCUUGAUAUUUCGGAUAUAGACCCAACUUGGGCUCUUUGCUAUUCAACGUCUGGCUGAUGAGAUAAAUAGCAUCUAAAUUCGAAAAUGAAAACUGAAGUCUCAACAGCGGCCAGCUUUGUUGCCAGAUUGCUGAGAGCAACUGGAUACUUGUCAGAAGACCAACUGAAAGAGUUCACCCAUUCCUUGGAGGAAGCUUUAGGAGGUAUGUAGCUAGCUCGGUAAAAGCCAUUGUUGUGUUGUUGACAUCACAUAGCCUAUAGACUACUAGUUAGUUACUAUUAAGCAAAGUAGCUAAUUACCUCUGCUCUGGGUCUAAUGGUUUGCUCUCAUUGCCUUCUCUACAGAGCACUACCAAUACCACUGGUUCCCCCAGGCUCCAUGCAAAGGCUCGGGUUACAGAUGUCUCAGGAUCAACCACAAAAUAGACCCCUUGAUUGGCCAAGCAGCAUGCACCAUUGGACUCACUCGAGAACAACUCUUCUCCCUGCUGCCCAGUGAACUGACGAUGUGGGUCGAUCCGUACGAAGUGUCCUAUCGGAUAGGAGAGGACGGCUCCAUCUGCGUCCUCUACGAGUCCACACCACCAAUGCCAACUAAUGCCAACACAACAGACAUGGUCAGCUGCAAGGAAGAACUGAGAUUCGGAAGGUCAAGCCCCUCUAAGUCGUUCAUGAUGACCGUCUCAAGCUAAUAUUUUUAUGUUCAGAGCUUUCUCUGGGCACUUCUGUAUCAGUUCUGCCCCACAUUUUGAUGUAAUUAAUUAAGACAUUAAAAGGCAUACUUAGGGAUUUUGGCAAUGAGGCCCUUUUUCUACUUCCACAGUCAGAUAGAAAUGGUAUCCACGAGUUAAUCUAUCUGUGUCAGGUAUGUUUUGUAAGCCAAUGCUAACUAGUGUUGGCAAAAUGACUGGAAGUUUAUGGGUAUCUGUUAGCAUGCUAGCAGAUACCAUAGACAUCCAGUCAUUAUGCUAACACCAGUUAGCAAUUGCACAAGCGCUAGUUAGCAACUUCCUUCAUACUGGACACAGAGACAUAUAAAUGGUAUCCACGAGUUCAUCUGACUCUGGGGAAGUAGAUAAAGGGCCUCUUUGCCAAAACCCCGAAGUAUCCCUUUAACGAUUU